AUGAUCGCUACUGACGUUCCUAACAUAUCCUUAAACUUAAAAUCUACUCCAAGUUUUGACGUACGUUAUCGCAAUAAACCUACCUCAUCUGAAAUAGCAGUAUUAUUACCUGGUGAUGGCAGUGAUCAUAUAGCCCAUAGAGAUAUUAUCUUAAAAACUCGUAUUAAUGAGCUCCAUUCCUCAUACGAUCCCUUGCAAUAUAGAAACUCAACUAAUAAAUAUGUUACCUGCAGAAAGCACUAUGCCUAUCGCUUUAUAGUCAGGCAGGAUGAUGAGAUUGUUAUUUUAAGAUCCAAACGUCUUUUUCACCAAUUUAUCGUCGACAGUUAUGCCAAACAGGAAACGCUUCGAUUAAAUUUUAUACGUAAUAAUCAAUCCAAAUUACGUGCCGUACUCUAUCAAGGCAUACAUGAUGCUAUUUUAGAGGGAGAUACUAAUGCUGACAAUCUUGGCAGAAGAAUAAUUUUGCCUUCUUCUUUUACCGGUGGCCCAAGGCAUAUGCUCAGCUUUAUCAGGACGCAAUGGCUAUUGUACGCUGCUUUGGUAAACCAUCAUUAUUCAUUACUUUCACCUGCAACCCUAAAUGAUGAAAUAAUGCGUGAAUUAUUUCCUCAUCAGACCCCAAACGACCGCCCAGAUUUAGUUUGUCGCGUUUUUCGUCAAAAAUUAAAAUGUCUAAAAAAGGUUUUGCUCUAUUAUCAUGUUCUUGGCAAAGUAAUCGCUUAUAUAGAUGUCAUAGAAUUCCAGAAAAGAGGUUUGCCUCAUUGUCAUAUGUGCCUUAUACUAUAUAAAUCUCAUAGGCUACCAACGGCUGAUACUUAUGAUGAUGUAGUUUGUUCUGAGAUUCCUAACAAAAUAACUGAGCCUAAGCUGUUUCAAAUUAUUAGCAAUUUUAAUACACAUGGGCCAUGUGGUAUAACAUUUCCUAAUAGUCCCUGCAUGAUUGAUGGAAAAUGCUCAAAAAAAUAUCCUAAAUCAUUUGUGGAUACCUCUUCUAUUGAUAAAAAUUUGUUUGUCCAGUCCAUAAAAUACAUUUAUAAGUAUUGUUACAAAGGCCAUGACAGAACUACUGCUUCCGUUUCCAUUAAUAAUGUUGAUGAAACUACCCAGUUCAUUGAUGCUCGAUAUAUAUCCGCCAUAGAAUCGCUAUGGCGUACUUUGGAUUUUGAAAUGCAGGAUCAUUCUCCUGCAGUCUAUCGUUUAGACCUUCAUCUACCCAAUCAACAUAUAAUCCUUUUUCAAUCAAAUACUGAUAUAAAUAAUAUCUUAACUAAAAAUCCUGGUACAAGAUUAACCGAAUGGUUUAAAAUUAAUCAACUUGACACAGAUGCCAGACAUUAUAUUUAUGCAGAUUUUGUAAGAUAUUAUGUGUGGAAACCUCUAUCUAAACAGUGGAUAAAACGAAAAAGGGGUGGUGAUAAAGAUAUAGGCCGUAUACGCACAGUUUCUCCUAAAGAGGAUUUUUCCAAGAAAAUAUCACCAGAACCGGAUAACCUUAUCACCGAAAAUCUCGCGCUAUGCCACAUCAAUCAAAUUUUGAUUCAAAAUGGUAAAUCUCUUAAGGAUUUUUUGGGAAUGCCUAUCCCUUUAUUAUCCACCCAAUCUCCAUCUGCUACAGUUAAUAUUAGGUGUCACCUUAUUCGGGAGGAAAUUUCCUACGAUACUGAUGAUAUGUAUAAAAAAUAUUUGGCUAACUACAAUUUAUUUAAUCUGGAUCAAAAUAUUAUCUAUGCCAAAAUUAUGUCGGUACCCUCCACUCCAUACCAUAAUUUAUUUUUUAUAGAUGGUCCUGGUGGUACUGGAAAAUCAUUUCUAUUAAAUACAAUAUUAUUUAACUUGAGAGCUCAAGGUAAAAUUGCUAUAGCUGUUGCAUCUUCUGGCAUUGCUUUAACUCUUUUUCAUAAUGGCCAUACUGCACAUUCACGUUUCAACAUCCCCUUAAGUAUUCAUGAAAGUUCCUCAUGUAAUAUUACUUACCAAAGCCAAAUAGCUGAAUUGAUAAGACAAUCGGUAAUUAUAAUAUGGGACAAAAUAUCAAUGACUCAUAAACAUAUAUUCGAGGCCGUGGAUAGGUCAUUUCAGGAUAUAAUGAAAUUAGACAAACCGUUUGGUGGUAAAAUUAUUAUUUUUGGCGGAGAUUUUAGACAGAUUUUACCUGUUAUUAAACGUGGUGGAAGAUGCGACAUUGUUAACUCAACCUUAAAACGAUCCUAUUUAUGGUCACAUAUAGUGCCAUUAAGGUUAUGUAUUAAUAUGAGACUUCUACAAUUUCAGGAAGCAAAUGAUUAUCUUAUUAAUAAUAAAUACUCAAAAUUUCUUUUAAGAGUUGGUGAAGGCUGUGAAACAUUCGAUGGCUCCAGGGAUAAAAUAAAAAUUCCUCAAGAUUGUUGUAUAGCUUCCAAUGAUAUCGAGGAUCUUAUUGCUUUUGUUUACGAUAUAGACAAAGAUAAUUCAUCAUUUAACCGAACAUCAUUUGCUCAAAAUGCAAUCCUGACCCCUAAAAACGUAGAUGUCGAUUCUAUAAAUAUUAAAUUGAUUAACGAAAUUCCGGGGGAUUUAAUUACAUACAUAAGUGCUGAUGAAACGAUAACCGAGGAUGAAGCGACGUUUUAUCACACUGAAUUUUUAAACUCUUUAAGUAUAUCAGGAUUACCACCUCACAAACUUUUACUCAAAGUCGGGGUACCUAUAAUAUUAAUGCAUAACUUAAAUUCUGCUUCUGGUUUGAAUAAUGGGACUAAAUUGAUUAUAACUUCUUUGCUACCAAAUAUAAUUGAGGCGGAAUUUGUUUCUGGUAGUUUUCUCAGUACUAAAGUUCUCAUUCCUAUAAUAAAUUUAAUUCCUACAGAUUCUGGCUUGCCAUUUUCCUUUAAGCGCCGCCAAUUUCCCGUGAGACCUGCUGACAAUUAA